CAAGGUUUGAGAUUUGAAACAAUAGUCCAGAUUACAGUGUAUAUUUAAUUGUAGACGUUACUGAUAGUUGAUUGGUUACGUCUGUUCAGUUAAGCUGUCAGUUACACAAUGCUGUUCUUAAUUUGCUCGUAAUCCGAAGAAUAUUGCAAACUGAUCAUUAAAAUGUUUCGAAAAGAACUUUCUCCUACUAGUAGGAGCUGUCACAUUCAAGCUAGUGAUAUAAUCGCUUCUGGUGAAAAGUUCGUGUGGGUUAGCAGAAAAUCUCUUCCAUGUAAAAUGGUUAAAACGGAUUUUAGUGUAUGGUCAUUUGUGAAACAAUCUAUUGGAAAGGAAUUAUCAAAAAUCACUAUGCCAAUUAUUCUUAAUGAACCGUUAAGUUUUCUGCAACGUGUUGCUGAAUACAUGGAAUAUUCGGAAUUACUAGAUAAAGCAGUUGGAGAGAAAGAUCCUAUUAAACGUAUGGAGCUUGUAUCAGCAUUCGCUGUAUCUAGUAUGUCAUCAAAUGCUGGUCGUAUUGGUAAACCAUUCAAUCCUUUGUUAGGUGAAACUUACGAAUUACACUACAGGAAUUUUGUAUUCGUUGCAGAACAAGUAUCUCAUCAUCCACCAAUCACAGCUUUUCAUGUUGAAUCAGAUAAUUAUAGUCUACGUGCUACUCUACAAUUUAAAUUACGUUUUUGGGGUAAAUCAAUUGACGUUCAACCGAAAGGAUUAGUUACAUUACAAUUAUAUCAUUUUAAUGAAUCAUAUACAUGGCAAAAUGUCAAUUUAACAAUACAUAAUAUAUUGACUGGUAAAAUUUGGGUGGAACAUACUGGCACAUUGCGUAUCACUAAUCAUUCAUUAGGAUUAUAUUGUCAGUUAGAAUUUCAUCCAUCUAAUUCGUUUGGACAUGGUUAUAAUCGUGUUAUCGGUGAAUUAUAUGCUCCAUCAACAUUAGAUAAAAUGCAGGCAGUUUCAGCUUCAAAUACAUCUCAUAAUACUACUAUUACUACUACUAUUAAUACUAUCAGUAAAAAUAUAUUUAAUCAUCAUAAUAGUUCAUAUGUAUUAAACAGAAUAAUUUUUGGUAAUUGGUCUCGUGGUCUAUUCUCAGUCGAACCGAAUGUUUGGAAUGAAAAGGAGGAAAUCAUUGAUCCAAAGAAAAACAGUAAUAACAACGAUAAUAAUGACGCUGAUGGACAAUCGACCAACAGCUCUGAAUGUAUUGAAUUAUUGGAUUAUGGAUUCGAAAUACCACUAACUGGGCAACGUUGUCUAUGGAUUGCUACACCGAAACCAAUUAAUUCAAAGGACUAUUAUGAUUUCACACAGUACACAAUGGGUUUAAAUGAAUUGACAAUCUGUAAAUCGACAAUGAGUAAUGAUAAUAUAACUGAUAAUCAAAAAAAUUCAAGCGAGAUCAUGUCGAAUUGUACAAAUAACAUUAGAGAAGCAAUUCCAUGUCAAGAAAAUUCAAUGUAUGAACAGUUUCUUCCACCGACAGAUUCCAGAUAUCGUCCAGAUAUACGUUUAUUUGAAAUGGGUCUUAUUGACAAAGCAGCUAGUGAAAAAUUACGUUUAGAAGAGAAACAACGUUAUAAGCGUAAAUCAUUAAAUGGUCAACGGAAAAUCUCUCAUUUCAAUUGGUCAAUAUCAACUAAUCAUAAGUCAAUUGAUAAAGAGUUAAAUCUUACAAAUAUGAAUAAUACUACAGUGAAUAAUACAGUUAAACAAUUUUUUACAAAUAAUCCAUUUAAAAAAACAUUUUCAUCAAAUUCAACUGGUCAUCGUUCUAUAUUAGUUGAUGAUAAUAACAAUGAUAAAAAUUUGUGUAAUUCUAAUCCUACUACAUUGGAUAUAAAUUCUAAUAAUAAUUACAAUCAAAUAAUUAGUCCAUUAUGGUUUAUACCAUCAGUGAAUCCAUUUACUAAACAUGAAGAAUGGAGAAUGACCGGUGAUUAUUGGAAAAGAGAUUGGAGUAAAUGUCCAGAUUUAUAUUAAGUUAUUGAAUUUAUUUCAAUUAUUACAACAUGAUUAUGAUGUAUAUAUAUAUAUAUAUAUAUAUUUUCAUGGAUGAAAAGUGUAAACGUGAUUAUUUCUUCUCUAUGCUUAUUUAUAUUGAAAUCUCUAUUGCGGUUAUAACUUGUAUUCAAGAAUUAAUAAACACUUCAUUAUACAAUAAUAAUUGAUGUAAUAAUAUUACUAAUGAUAAUUGUUUAUCAUUUCUAAUUUCUUCAUACUUACAUAACAUUCUAUUCUCUCUGUCCUUUAAUCCUUUAUCCUUUUUUAUGUGCAAAACAUUUUGUAAACUAUGCUAUCGAAUUCUUUCAUUUUAUUAUUUACAAGUUUAAUUAGCCUCAUCUUGCAUGAACCCAUAUACAUGUACGCACGCAUGCAUAUUCAUACAUACAAAUGUUCAUUUUCAUUUUGUUUCAAUGUACUUUUACAAAUGAAAUCAUGUGCAUUUCAACUGUGGGUUUUUUUUUCAUUUUGUUUCUGACAUUUUUAUGAUUAUUUACCCAUUUGAAAAUUUAUUCAUCUUUCUUUUCAUCUAGAUAAGAUUUUAUUUUUGUUUUCGUUGAUUGUAUCCAGGGGAAAACAAUUUUUCUCAAGAAAAAAAACACAUUUCAACAGUUGAGAUCAUGAGUCAAUUGAAGCUAGACCACCAUGGAAAACCUGGAAGCAUUGGAUGCGCACUGCUGAGGAGUCCUACAAUAGGACAAAACGGCCGUCCAAUGCUUUCAGAUUUUCCAUAGUGGUCUAGUUUCAAUUGACUCAUGAUUUCAACUGUUGAAAUUACUAUAAUCUCCCCAAAACCCCUUCCGAUAUAAAUUUCAGUAAAGAACAAAUCAUUUCAUAAUUUUCAACUUGUUUAAAUAUCAUGUAUAAUUAUGCUUCUUAAACAAAGUUUUGCUGAUGUUUUGCUUAUUAUCAUUAUUUUUAAUUAUUUUCAAAUUUGGCUGUUUCAUUAUUGAACGGGGAAAAUAAAAAUGAAAUUUGAAAUUGUUUA